CGUAGUAGUACAAGCCAAAUGAUCUAGAUUCAUUCUCUGCUGUCUUAUCAAUACUUCGGGCGAUCCUCAUUGCAGUAUUUGUAUCUUCUCAUUUAAGUCUCCAAUUCGCUCACCAUUUCACCGAUAGAAGAGUUGUAUCUUCACACCGCAGUCACGGGAGAGACUAUUUCAAGUUCACGGCGUCCUGGAGUCACGGGUGCGCCUUCCUCUUCAACGGCUUCUGCAAGGCCAUUACACAAUAAAUAUCCCGCGAAUUUCAGGUUCGUUUAAAAUCUUCACUUCAGCACCACACUCUCAACCACCUGCUUCGGUCACUGUUCGUAAACCCUUGUUCGGCGCUCCCCAAGCCUUCGCGUUUCCUCUUGCCAGCCGGAUUCCUGGGCUCAUCCGAGGACCGCCUUGUACGAUGGCGGCGCAGGAUCCUCAGCAAGUGGCUGAGCUUUGCAAAGCCCUGGAAGCAGCAAAAGGUAAAGGCCGGGGCGGAAAGAAGGGCGGCUUUUCAUGCAAGAAAACGACCUUCGCAGUCGAAGGGACCAAGGGAAUUUCUGUUGAUUCAUGGCGGUUCCAGGAUUGGGACUACAAGCGGGACGACCUUCCAACGUACGCUCGGGGACUGUUCACGACCAAGAGGUCCGAUGGAACGCCCGAAAUCGUCGUACGUGGCUACGACAAGUUCUUCAAUGUCGAUGAGGUACCGAGCACGAAAUGGGAGAACAUCGAGCGAGACACCAUGGGUCCGUAUGAGCUCAGUGUCAAGGAAAAUGGCUGCAUCAUUUUCAUGGCCGGCCUGGAAGACGGAACUCUCCUAGUGUGCAGCAAGCAUUCAACCGGCGCCCGUACAGAUAUAGCUGAGAGUCAUGCUAUGGUGGGAGAAAAGUGGAUUAAGAGACACCUGGAAAGCGUGGGCAAGACGACUCGCGAUCUAGCAAAGGCCCUAAGAGCAAUGAAUGCGACGGCGGUUGGCGAGCUAUGUGACGACGAGUUUGAAGAACAUGUCCUGGAGUAUCCUCCGGACCGGGCAGGGCUGUACCUGCACGGCAUCAACUUCAACCUCCCAGAGUUUGUCACCUUAUCCGGACCCGAAGUGCACGAGUUUGCCGACAAGUGGGGCUUUAAGAAGGCACAAUACGUUAUGAUUCAGACGAUUGAUGAGGUUAAGGACUUCCUGCACAAAUGUGCAGAGACAGGGUCGUGGGCAGGCCGAGAUACAGAAGGGUUUGUGGUCAGAUGCAAGAAGAGAAGUAAUUACCGUGCUUAUGCAGCCGACUGGUUCUUCAAGUACAAGUUUGAGGAGCCAUAUCUGAUGUAUCGACAAUGGCGUGAGGCCACGAAAGCACUCAUUGCAGGCAAGACACCAAAAAUCAAGAAGCACAAGAAGAUCACCGAGGAAUAUCUCCUUUACGUGCGCCGCCAAUUGGCCAAAGAUCCGGCAAUAGGCAAAGCUUACACCCAGAACCACGGGAUCAUCAAGAUGAGAGAUGGCUUUCUUGCAGAAAAGGGUCAAAAGGGUUCCGAUAUUAUCGCACAAGAGCGGGCACAAGGCGACGGAGGAGCUGAGAAUGGAGAUGUGUCCAAUAUCGUUCUCGUGCCGAUCGCGACUAUUGGGUGUGGAAAGACCACCGUUGCAACUGCCCUGGUAAAGCUCUUUGGCUUUGGCCAUGUCCAGAAUGACAAUAUUGAGGGACAGAGAGGUCGACCUCAACGCUUCGCGGAUGCCAUCACUCAAGCUCUUGCAUCUCACAAGGUGGUUAUCGCAGAUCGAAACAACCAUCAGAAACGUGAACGCCAACAGCUCAUUGACGAUGUCAGCAAGGUGAUUCCCAAUGCUCGGUUCGUAGCUUUGCAUUACGUGCACGAACCGAAGGGCCAGAUGCUGGACGAGAUCCGUCGUGUUACCCGCGAGCGAGUGCUUGAACGUGGGGACAACCACCAGACCAUCCGGGCUGGCAGCAAGAGCUCUGGUGAGAUCAUCGAGAUCAUGGAAGGAUUCUUGCACCGUUUCCAAGGGUGUGACACCAGCAGCCCGCCAGACUCGGACUUUGAGGAGGUCAUCAACCUAGAUGUUUGUGCUUCAUCUCUGGAGAACCUCGAGACAGUCAUCACCCACCUCUACAAUGCGUACCCGGGACUGCUACCGGCGGACAUGCCCGGAGAGCAAGACAUGAAAGAGGCAAUUGAGUAUGCUCUGAAACACGAGGUCAAGACCAAACACGACUUGUCAUUCGGCAAAGGACAGACUGCGAAGAACCAGAAGCAGGCAAAACCGGCACAAAACAAGGCCCUAGAAAAAGUGCUGACCCCAGAACAGUUGAUCGGCAAAUUGGAAUACUUCAGUGUGUCAGUUUCUACCGCUGAGAUCAACUCCAUUCUCUCGUCCAUGUUUGACCAAGCCAGUCCGGAAGAAGCGCGCUUAUACCGGGUGCUGAAACAGUCACGGCGUAUUCAGGGUGAAUUCCACGUGACGUUGAUCCAUCGAGCAUCAGCACAAGAACAUUCUGAUCUAUGGCAACGGUACACUGAGGAAUACCGAAAAGCGAUUGCCACGGCGGAUCUCAAAGAUAAGAACACGUUAGCGCCUAGUCUGGGCCCGGCGCGAGUCAAGCUGGAGAGACUGGUUUGGGACGAACGGAUUAUGGCGUUUGUGGUACGAAUCUAUCCAGCCGCCGGCGGACCUGUCUGGCAGAGUGCAAAUCCGAUCACCCACAUCACCGUCGGCACCGCACGGCAGGAUAUCAAGCCGGUCGAAAGCAACGAACUUCUAGCUCGGUGGGAGGCAGGAGAUGAAAGCGGAGGUGCCAUUCAUGACAAGGAAGUGCCUGGAGGGGUUAUACUCGACGGCAAUGUCAAGCCGGUGUUUCAACGCGGCUUUCUAGGUGGGAAGUAGUCUAGGAUAUGGAAGCGUAUCUUCUUAUCCCGAUCGCAAUACAUAGCUUGAUGGCGGCCAAUAGCACAUGGGAAAUAUCAAUUGAUGAAGGGCGACGGCAAGUGCGGCGCUGGAGUUGGGAGCAGAAACAAGGUGAAGCAUUUGUGAUUGGUGGGCUUCUGAAGAUGGUUGCUGUGGCAGCAGGAGCGGAAGAAGGAGCAAGAGCGACCUAAACAAACGCCAGGCGUGCGGCGUGCAGCCAAUAGCAACGUGUAUGAGAUACCUCAUUGCAGUCCAGUGUCACGUUCCGUGGUACUAGAGUGGCAUGGACGUAUUGCAGCAGCGUUGGCUGCCAGUGUGGUUCUAUCUGGCACUGCAGUCUGUUACAGAUACACGUACCUGCCUUACCAAUGGCACCGUAGCACCAGCAACGGUGUACCAAAUACAUUGUACUUCACAUCAGGUACCACAACUAUAGCA